AUUUUUAACAUGGCCGCAUGUUGAACUGUACGAUUUUCUUUACUGUUUGCCAAAAUAAAACAACACUGGCGUGAUUUUAAGUGGAUUUAUGUUGAACGCAUAGCUUGAAAAAUAUUUAUUAGGUGACGCAAGUUAUUGUAAUUGGUGAAGAUGAUGCAUCACCCGAACAUGCAUCAUCCGCCGAUGUCGGGGCAUCCGCCGCAGCACAUGCCUGGUCAUCAAGCUAUGCCUGCACAUCAUCAGAUGCCGCCUCAUCAGGUCCACAGAGAGAGCAGGCACGUAACAAUAACUAGGGUGUCCCUGGGUCCGACACAAGCGGGGGGCGGCAUGGGCGCACACGGGCACGGGCACGGGCACGGGCAGGCCCUGGGCGGCAUGGGAGCGAUGGCCGUGCCACCGCCGCACCAUGCCCAGCAGCGCCCGCCGCACGCCAUCCGCGCUAUGCCACAUCAUCCGCCAGCGCAACACCAUUCAGUGCCACCGCAACCGAUGAAGAGCUUGCGGCGGCCGUACCCGGUGACGGGCGGGUACGGGCCGGCGAGCGGGCCGGGCGUGGUGCCGCUGUACCAGCCGGCGCACCCGCCGCCCGCCGCGCCGCAGCCCGCGCCCGCCGCCAUGCCGCCCGCCGCCACUCUGCCGCACACAGGUCUGCGCAAACCUCCACCGCCUGUUUUAACAUCGAAGCCUAAGCUAAACUCUAAAUUUGGAACAUCAGCGAGUAGUACAAAGCCGGCGAGUAGUAAUACAAGUACAGGAGCGGAAGCGGUAGCGAGCGCGAGCGCGGGAGAGGCAGCGGCGGCGGUGGCGGUGGCGGUGGCGAGUGCAGACAAGGUCGCCAGCGCGGCGCCGGCCGACGGCGAGGCGGCUCGCCCGGCGCCCGCACAGGCCAACAGUAAAGAGAAGACUCCUAUGUGCCUGGUCAACGAACUGGCCAGGUACAAUAAGAUUAAGCACCAAUACCGCCUCACAUCAGAAUCUGGACCUGCUCACAAGAAAGUAUUCACAGUAACACUCCGUUUGGGUGAUACUGAGGAAUACACAGCUGAGGGCUCGUCCAUAAAGCGCGCACAGCACGCGGCGGCGACGGCGGCGCUGGCGGGCACCGGGUUCGCGCCCCCGCCGCCCCGCGCCGCGCCCGCGCUCGCCGCCGCGCACCCGCACCACCGCCACUCCGGUACAGUGAUGCCGACGGUGGAGCUGAACGCGCUGGCGAUGAAGCUGUGCCAGCCGGCCGUGUACACCAACAUCCCGCCCGUGGCGGCGGCGGCGGCGGCGCGGCUGCCCCGCGUGCGCCCGCCCUUCAGGCUGCCCGCGCCCCCGCACGGGCCGCAGCCCAUGCCGGGCUUCCUAGGAUACCAGCGCAUGGUGACCCCGGGUCUGGUGUACCGCGUGCGCGUGGUGGUGGGCGGGCGUGCGUGGCUCGGUGAGGGCGGCACGCCGCAGGCAGCACGGCACGACGCCGCUGCACGUGCUCUAAGGGACCUGCGCGUGCAGCCCGCCGCGACCGCCGCCGCCUCCUCCGCCCCCGUCUCCCCCGCAGCCGCCCCCGGCGGGGACGCGCAGCCGCCCGCCGACACGGACGACGGGGACGGUACUACAGAUUUGCUGAGUUCGGAAGUGAAAUCUCCUGUAUCGUUAGUACAUGAACUGGCACUCAAGCGCAACUUAUCCGUGCAGUUCUCCGUGAAAUCUGAACGCGGCCCGCCGCAUAUGAGGGUGUUUGUGACGGCGUGUACGGUGGGCGAAAUCGAGACGGAAGGUGAAGGCAACGGGAAGAAGGUGUCGAAGCGACGCGCGGCUGAACGCAUGCUGGACGAGAUGCGGCGCCGCUGGCCCGCCGCCAUGCUGCGCGCGCGCCCGCCGCAAGACCGCCGCCGGCUGCAGCCCGCCAAGAAGAAGCCCAGGAACCUCAUCAAGGAGGGUGGUGCGGGAGGCGGCGGUAGCGGCGGCGGGGGCGGCGGGGGCGGCGCGGGCGCGAGCGGCGGCGCGGACAACCCUAUCUCGCGGCUGGCGGUGGCGCGGCACGCGGUGCGCGCGCGCAGCCCGCAGUACCGCGUGGUGGAGGAGCGCGGCGCGGCGCGGCGCAGGGAGUUCCUCGUGCGCUGUGACGCGCCGCCGCACUCCGCCACCGGCCUCGGGCCCAACAAGAAGACCGCCAAGCGCCGCGCCGCACACAACGUACUAUUAGCAAUGGAAAAGACCGGGUUGCUCGAUAACAAUAAUUCAACUGCCGAUAACGAGACGGAAACGGGCUCCAACAACACCGCCGAUGUCAACAAAAAUGGCGAUACCAAAAGAAAAGAGGGCGAGUCAGGGUCCGGAAGCGGAGGAGCCGGGGGCGAAGUGCGCCAGCCAGUACCGGGCGUCCUGCUCAUGGACUACCACCAGCGGUCUGGGCAGCCCGCGCAGCCCAACGGAGUAAGCGAGACAAGUGCAACAGGUGGCAACGGCGGCAACACUCCGGGCGCGAAGGACCAACUAAUGUACCUUUCGGAACUGCUCGGAUUCACGGUUCAAUUUUCCGAUUUCCCCAAACGGAACCACGGCGAGUACCUGUCACUGGUGUCGUUGUCGACGGAGCCGCCCGUGAUGUGCCACGGGGGCGGGCCCUCCACGCAGCACUCGCACGAGCAGUGCUCGCGGGCGGCGCUGCGGGCGCUCGCACUCAUGGGGCUCGACGCGCCGCAGGCGGGAAUGGCGACCAUGGGUGGUACUCCGGCCGCGAAGCCAGCUGUCAUCAGCAACGGUAUCGCCGACUAGGAGCGGCCCACGCUCCGCCAAGUAUCAACAAGCGUCAUUACCCUCCAAUCCUUGUUACUCGGUCCAAAUGCAAUAUCACUCACGUCGUGUAUAUUUCAAUGCGCGAAAUAUCUAGUUCGGGACGACUUCAUUUCCUUUUAAAUGUUGUUAUUCUAUUUUAUUCUAUUAGACAUAUUAUAUCUAUCUACGACAUAUUUACAACACAAUUUGAUCUCGGGUCUUGCAACACUAGAAGUUUUUUUUUCUUUUAUUCUAAACGUUUCCUAUUGAGAAUAACGUUUAUGUAUAUAGUUUGUUAUUGCGUUCUGUUCCGGGAGAAUAUUUUAGUUGCUCUCAAACUUUUUAAUUUUUAUAUCAGAAAACGUGGUUCACAAAGUAGGUGUAUUUUUAGUACUCAACACAUAUUUACGACUCUAAACUUUUAUCUUAAAAUUUAUAAUUACAGGUUAAUACAUGUCAGUUAUACCUGUCUCUUGUUUUUUAGAACAUUAUCAAUGUGAAUGUUAUUUUUUAUGACGACGGCGAGAUUGUGUACCUGGCUAUAUUUAUAAAAUGUAGCCGACUUAUGUUAUUAACUUAUUAGAUAGUUAUUGGACAUGAAUUGUCAGUAAAAAUAUGUAGUAUCGAUUAAAUAUACGAAACUGAGGCUGUGAAGCCAAACCAAAACAGUUUCAUUGGGACAUGGCAGCGCAUCACCGAUUUAUUUAAGAGGCGUUUUUCGCCCGCAACUAAUUUAGACUUCUAUACAUUUUAUAUAGCUUAAUAUGAAAUUUAAAUUCUCUUCUAUGAAGUGAUAUUUCGAAACGACAGAUUAUAAAUCAUUCGGUGCCUAGCUGCCGUCCCGACGAACGCUAAAGUUGCAUCAUGCGGCCAUGGUGUCACCUUAGUUUAGCUAAUAGGUAAUCGCCAUAGUCCUUGACGCUGUACUGUAGCUCCAAACUGGGAACAGAAGCGCAGUGACCGCUGCGUUUUGCACUCGGGGAGUACGGCGAUUAUAAGAUUGUGGCCUCGAUUUUUAACUGACGACUAAGUGAGUGAUGUAUUUCUCCGACCCUAAGCUCUGAAAUGUGUAAUUCUAGAUAUAAGUUAAAGCGAAAAAAUUGCGACACGAAAUGAAAUAGCGAUGGAUUCUUAUCAACUUAGGCUAAGAUUGAUAAUUGCUUGUUAUUUUUUAGGCUCAGUAUAUAUUUUUAUCUAAUGCAUGUUCCCAUAAUGUUUAGGUUAGUGAAUGACUAACAUAACAGUCUUUCUAGAUGUAACUGUAAGCGAUACGAUGGAUCGGUGACUAUUUAUAUUAUGUAAAAUGUAAUGCCCGAAUGGCCGACGGCCGCCUCGAUCACUGUGUGAUCUGCCCCUUGUUGAUUGUACGUUUCAUUGUUAUGGGUCUCUUAUUAAUAAGGCUUAUAACUAGACACGAUGCUUUUAACAUCAUGAAAUUAAUGACUGUAUUUUAUUUUUAUCAAAAUUGUUUGUCUAUGUCUAAACUGUAUGGAAAUCACGCGUUUAGGAAUUGCUUUGAUUCUACGUGUUUUAAGGACUUACUACGGCUGAGUAAUGUACGUAGUUCGUGAAUCAAGCUUCUAGAAUACGACUAGUUUGUGUUUCAGUGUGCGUAUUGAGGUAUAUGGACGCAUAAUUGAACUUUCUAACACUAACUAAUCAAUAUUCGCCGAUGCUGAGGCAUCGUGUCUGUUAUAGCCUUACCUUGUGUUAUAUGCGGUAGCUAUGUCUAUAUCGCGACCGUUUAUCAAGUCGAGUCGAAUACAUUUAUACUGAUAAAAUGUACUCGUAACCACUUGUAAACCAUACUGUUUGAAGUAUAGCGUCGAUCUAUUCAUAAGUUCUUUGUUGAUGUAAACGAUAUUAAAUCGAGGCCAUUGAUAAUUUCUUCAUGUUGAAAGUUACGCAAGUAACUAAGCAUAAAGAAAUUGAAUAAUUAUUGAAAACGCCCAAACGGGCGUUCAAGAAGUGUUUUAUUUAUUUUGUUCUAAGUAACUAAUAUUUUAUAUGAUGUGGAUGGAGUAAGUCCCUACUUCAAAUUCGUGCUUCUAGCGAUCUAUUAUAAGAAUAAAGUUAAAUAUUUGAA